UACUGGAAUGUGUAGUUCAAAUGACUCAGAGGACAGUCACAGUUUGGAUCAGACGAAGUCACGGUGUAACAACGAAACAUCRAGGGCUGUGUUAGGGUGUUCAGUAAAGAAUCACAAGACAAUAUACAAAGACGAUGUGAGAGUAUUGGGAACAGGCUUGAAGGASAAAGUUUUCUUGACAAUCGGGUUACCGACAAUCCAACGAACUUACAAGAACAAGACCGUUUCUUACCUCGAUCAAACACUAGACUCACUGAUUGGCAAACUCUCCCCCCAAGACAUGACUCAAGUACACAUUGUGAUAUUUUUAGCCGACGUGGAUAAAAAAGCGCGGGAAAACAUAAGAACAAAAAUAUUGGACAAGUACAAAAAGUUCAUUGAUAACAAUUUGAUAAACGUUAUACAAGCACCGAGAGAAUUCUACCCAAAGUUGAAAGGAUUGGAGAGGACGUUCGGAGAUUCAGAAGAACGAAUGUACUGGCGUUCUAAACAGACAAUGGAUAAYGUAUUUUUGUUCAACUACUGCGAUGGUUUGUCGGAUUACUACAUGCAUAUGGAAGACGAUGUUACGAUAGCCGGGGACUUCAUGCCUAGUGUUAAUCGUUGCAUWAACUCGUUUAAAGACGAGGAAUGGGCGUUCAUUCAGAUGUCGAUCUGGGGCUUUAUUGGAAAGCUAUUUAAGAAYGAAGAGCUGGAUUAUUUUGCGAGGAUGUCAAGGAUUUUUUACAGUGAUUUACCAUGUGAUUGGCUGUUACAUAAGUUCCCAACCUGGAGGGGGGACACAGCUACUUACGCUGAUCGAAUAUGURGGAAUAUUUUCAAGCACAUUGGGAACCAGUCCUCUUCGUUAGGAACUUGAGAAGAGAGUUUGAGACGAAUUAAUUUAAUUAGUUUUGAACAAUGAACCAUAAUUCGAGUGCAAUUCUCAACAAAAUAAUUAUCUUAUUUUUAUCGGUUUUUCAUCUUCGACGCCAUGAUGGAGGACACGGCYUUCGUUGUGUCCUUCAAAAUGCCCGCGCCAAUCAUAAAUAAUAGCAAUGCUUUCAAAUCAGCAGUUUUUAAUUCCAAAUAUCAAAAAAAAAAAAAAAAAUUUUUUUAAAUCUG